CCGGGGAAAACCCUAGCCCGCGAGCGCUUCACCAUAAAACCACACCGUUCUCCCCCACGCCGCCGCCACUUGCCGCAGCUUCUCGCCCGGGUAGGGAGCCACGCCGCCCAAGCCCUAGCUCUCCCUUCCGCCGCCAAAAUGGUGAACGUUCCUAAGACCAAGAAGACCUACUGCAAGAACAAGGAGUGCAAGAAGCACACGCUUCACAAGGUCACUCAGUACAAGAAGGGUAAGGACAGCCUGUCUGCCCAAGGAAAGCGCCGUUAUGACCGCAAGCAGUCAGGAUAUGGUGGUCAGACCAAGCCCGUCUUCCACAAGAAGGCCAAGACCACCAAGAAGAUUGUGCUGAAGCUACAGUGCCAAAGCUGCAAGCACUACUCCCAGCACGCAAUCAAGAGGUGCAAGCAUUUUGAGAUUGGUGGAGACAAGAAGGGCAAGGGAACAUCUCUUUUCUAAGUUGUCAGAUGCUGAAAUUGUGGGGUCUACAGUUCUUAAAACCUGUGGUCGAAAUUCGAUGUUACUAGGAGUUUUAUUAAAGACCGUGCUAUGUAUUCAAAUUCCAAUGUCUGACAUUUACUUGGGUACUGGUCAACUUUUGGCUAAAUGAAGUUUUGUAGCUUGAAUCCUUGAUCAAUAUUAUGCUUGUUCGAUU